AUGGCAAGCCUGUUUUCGGCUUGUUUGAGCGCCGACUUGCUGGCUUUUUUCCUGGCUGUCUUUCAAGUCACCGGUGCCGAUAGUCGAUUUUUGAUCCUUUCGAUCGAGUGGCUCCCUUGUUUUCUAGCAGGAUGGGUGUUCCUGUGGGGACUCGGGUCUGGUGUUUUUGAAUCAGCGUAUGAAUUAGGCCUACCCAUGGUUGUUCACAAGGCCUCGGCUUGGGGAUUCAAUUUUAUAGCGGUGAUGUUGCCUAUAAUCAUGUCGGCCUCUCAAUUAUCAACCUUCAUCAUGGCCCACAACAACAUGGUGGAAGCGAUGAACGUGGGUAAUUCGAUUCAAACAAAACUCGAAAAAGACGCAUCAUCUUUUGACCCCGAUAAUUUCAACGCAACCGUCGAUAUCUUACCCAAACUAAUCCCUAUCGGAAACAUAAUUCCACAUGAGAUCAAAUUAGCGAACUAUCUCCUAACCGGUCAAAUGAUGUGGAUCGCUUGGGCAGUCCUGCUAUUUGUUCUCACCAUUCCCUUAGUGACCCUUCACUUGAAAACCUUGAAAGACACUAUCAGAAAAAUCGCUAGUGAAUGCGAAAUAGAUUUGGACCCGAGCGCUCUCACAAUAUUUGAACUUCAAGCCACGCAGGACAAACCCUUUUCUGGACCAAACCUUUCGAGUGUUUCUUCAAAACAGCAGAAAUCCGCCGAUCUCCUACAACGCUUCCGCAAAGAACGGAGGGCGAACAAAAUCUCAUUGGCCAUUUUUUUGUCUUAUCUUUCAGUUUACUUGCUACUGUGUAUUGCGAACAAGGCGACCAGUGGUAUGAGCCAGGAUAACCAUGGAGCCAGAUUCGCGAUAGCUUUCUUGAUCGUGGGGAAAGCGAGUGCAGCGAUACUUGGAUUAUUGAUCACUAUACAGUUCUAUCGAAAGAUCCGGUCCGGCUCCAAAGAAGCGUUGGCCCAAGGCACUGGUAGCACUUUUGGGGCUGGCAUGCAAUUCCACAAGGAGGUAUACAUGAUCAUUGAAGAUACAGCUUUACGCAGGAUCGGCGGGAGCAAUCAAUCAAAUUAUGUGAAGUACGAAGAAUGGUGAAAUUAUCUGAUUUGUCUUAUUUUCUUAC